AUUUUCCACCAGCUUUAAAUUUCUUUAUUUUCUCUGUUUUAGUUCUUGCAAUGUUCCUAGCUCGGAUCUCGAUUAGUCUAUUCUAGCAUUCGUCUCCUCCUUCAGGCUUGGGCUUCGUUUCGAGAUCCCUCAGCUUAGAAUUUAUUCCCCUUUAUUCCAGAAUCAUGUCGCUGUUCGAAUGAUUCUUAUCUGACUUGUCUUGCUGUUCCCAAUUCUGCAGUUGAUUUCUGGAUUACCCUUUUUGUUGUAUCAUAACAAACGGACCAUGACAAACAUAGCAGGUCAGCUGAAAAAGGGAAUCUCCCGCCAGUUUUCUACUGGGUCGUUGAAACAGAGUUUCAGCCGCCAGUUCACACGGCAGGCAUCGCUCGACCCCCGGAAGAACAACCAAAGGUUCAGCUUCGGUCGGCAGUCGUCGCUUGACCCAAUCAGGCGGAGUCCCGUCCAUGAUGGGAUCGCGGUGCCGGAGAACCUUGACGCGACCAUGCAUCUGCUGUUCAUGGCGUGUAGAGGGGAUGUCAAAGGAGUGGAAGAUUUGUUGAAUGAAGGCGUUGACGUUAAUAGUAUUGAUUUGGAUGGCCGUACUGCUUUGCACAUCGCUGCUUGUGAAGGUCAUGUUGAGGUUGUUAAGCUUCUUCUUGUUGAGAAGGCUAAUAUUGAUGCCCGUGAUCGUUGGGGUAGCACGGCAGCUGCGGAUGCAAAGUACUAUGGAAAUACGGAGGUCUACAAUAUUUUGAAGGCCCGUGGAGCCAACGUUCCUAAAACCAGGAAUACGCCAAUGACAGUUUCUAAUCCUCGAGAAGUUCCAGAGUACGAGCUUAAUCCCUUGGAGCUUCAAGUUCGGAAGUCUGAUGGUAUAACAAAGGGAUCAUAUCAAGUUGCAAAAUGGAAUGGCACCAAGGUUGCUGUAAAGAUACUAGAUACAGACAGCUAUUCAGACCCUGAGACCAUAAAUGAUUUCAAGUAUGAGCUAACUUUGCUAGAAAAGGUUCGACAUCCGAAUGUGGUUCAAUUUGUUGGAGCUGUUACACAAAAUUUUCCCAUGAUGCUUGUCUCCGAGUAUCCUUCAAAAGGUGACUUGGGAAGCUACCUUCAAAAGAAAGGGCGUCUAUCACCAUCCAAAGUCUUAAGAUUUGCCCUUGACAUUGCCAGGGGAAUGAAUUACCUUCAUGAAUGUAAACCAGAGCCAGUCAUUCACUGCAAUUUAAGGACAAAAAACAUUUUGAUAGAUAAUGGAGGUCAUCUGAAGGUAUCUGGAUUCGGUUUGUUAAGAUUGACAAGAAUAGCACCUGACAAGGCAAAAUUAGCACAUCCAAACGAUCAUCUUGAUCCAAAAAAUGUAUCUGCUGCACCUGAGCUUUAUAUGAAUUUGGUAUUUGAUCGGAGUGUUGAUUCAUAUUCCUUCGGUGUCGUUCUAUACGAGAUGAUUGAAGGAGUAGUGCCUUUUCAUCCCAAACCUGCUGAAGAGAUUUUGAGAUUGAUGUGUUUGGAAGAGAAGAGACCAUCAUUCAAGUCGAAAUCAAAAAGUUAUCCUCCAGACUUAAAAGAGUUAAUUGAAGAAUGCUGGGCUAAAGAACCUGUUGUUAGACCGACAUUUUCGGAGAUCAUUGUACGAUUAGACAAAAUAGUUGCCAACUGCUCAAAACAAGGGUGGUGGAAGGACGCUUUCAAGCUUCCAUGGAAAUGAGGGGAGGGAAAUUGGAUCUGGGGUUUCUGUCAAGGGAGCUGGAAAUGUUCCGUCUCUUAUGUAUGAAUACUACCGUGUGAAAAAAAAAACAUUGCCACAAAUGGGGAAUUACAAAUCGGGAGCCAUUAAUGUACUUGUUAUGCCAUUUGGUGGCCUUGACAAUAAAAUUGUAGUUCUAAUUUUGAGUUCGAGAAAU